UUGGUAUGAUCCACUAGCACGACUAUUGUUCAUGUUCAUCGUUACUCUAUGUUUCAUCGUAGGCUUCCCUGAAAUUGUUCUUGUAUAUUGUUUACAUUUGUAAUGUUAUAAUUUUAUGAAAUAAUUUUUGUAUAACUAUGUAUAGGAGCCAUAAAAUUAUUAACUGAAUGUAACGUUCUCAGUGGCAGAGACGGUGGCAAUACCCAAGUUGCACGUUUAAGUAUUUAAAUGAUAAAUAAAGUAAUGGAUUGGUGGAGUGAAGAUGUUUUUGGCAAUGAGUGUUGGAGUAUUGGGCUUGACAGACCGGGCAAAAUUGUUAACCCAACAAUAAAACAAGAAAGUUAUAAGCAGGAGGAAAUUACUGUUGAGAACAACUGUAACAAUGAAAGUUAUGAUGAUGUUGAUGAAGAUGACUCUAGCCAUGAAGAUGAUGGUGGUGAUGAAGAUGACUCUAGCCACGAAGUUACAAGUAAUGGAAGUGUCAUUGAUUCCAUGGCAACUUGUGACAUCACAUUUCCCAGCAUUAAAAAGGAGGAAGCUGAGGAACAUUUAAAAAAGGAAUACGAAGAAAUAGAAAUCUGUGAAGAAUAUGUUUCCAAAUUAUCAGAAGAAACUAAUGCAGUCCAAAGUAGCUGUAAACCAUUCAAGACUGGAGGUGUGAUCAAUGGGAUGACAUACUUUAAUUCCUCAAAAAGCAUUUUUUUCCCAGGAUCAACAGGAGAUGUUUGUGAUCCAAAAAAAACCUUCCAAAGUAGCUGUAAACCCUUCAAGACUGGAGGUGUGUUCAAUGGGAUGACAUACUUUAAUUCCUCAAAAAGCAUUGUUUUCCCAAGAUCAACAGGAGAUGUUUGUGAUCCAAAAAAAAGUAUUAAUGACCACAACCUUAGCAAAACUAAUAAGAUACAUUCCUUAUAUUUAACACCAUAUCUAAGAGCUCACAUGUACACUCAUACAAAUGAUAAACUAUUUUGCUGUUCAGAAUGCAAAGCAAAAUUUUCUAGAAAAGACUCCUUGAUAUUCCACAUACGCAAACACACAGGUGAAAAACCUUUUUCCUGUUCAGUAUGCAGUGCGAAAUUUUCUGUGAAAGCAGUUUUGAUAAAACACGUACGUACCCACACAGGUGAAAAACCAUUUUCAUGUUCAGUGUGCAGUGCAAAGUUUUCUCGGAAAGAUAAUUUAAACUAUCAUAUGUAUAAACACACAGGUGAAAAACCAUUUUCCUGUUCAGUAUGCAGUACGAAAUUUUCUGUGAAAGCUUCCUUGAAAAAACACGUACAUUCCCACACAGGUGAAAAACCAUUUUCUUGUUCACUAUGCAGUGCAAAAUUUUCUUGGAAAUCUUCCUUGAUAAACCACAUACGUAUCCACACAGGUGAAAAACCAUUUUCUUGUCCAGUAUGCCAUGCAAAAUUUUCUCACAAAGGUCAUUUAAAUGGACACAUGUGUAUCCACACUGGUGAAAAACCAUUUAAAUGUUCAGUAUGCAGUGCAAAAUUUGCUCGAAAAGCUUCCUUGAUAAUCCACAUACGUACCCACACAGGUGAAAAACCUUUUUCCUAUUCAUUAUGCUAUGCAAAAUUUGCUGAGAAAUGUCAUUUAAAUGUUCACAUGCGUAUCCACACAGGUAUAAAACCAUUUUCUUGUUCAGUAUGCCAUUCAAAUUUUUCUCAGAAUUUUUAUUUAAAUGUUCACAUGCGUAUCCACACUGGUGAAAAACCAUUUUCAUGUUCUAUAUGCAGUGCAAAAUUUACUUGUAAAGGUUCUUUGAAAAGACACAAACUUACACACAAAUAAAAAUCCUUUUUCCUACUAAGUUAGCUGUGGAAAAUGUUUUCUUAAAAAUAACAUGUAUACUCUAUGGUGAGAAAUUAUUAAAAUAAUUUACAUAUCAGUAAAUGCAGUGGUAUUUUCUGAAAGUGUGUGUGCAUGCAUGGCUGUGUGUAUGUUUAUGUAUUUACUUAUACAGAAUGAGUCUGGAUUCUACCUGCAAACUUCGACUGCAGAGUCAUCACAACAAAAUAUGUUGAAAAUUUAUGGUCUAAAGUGCUUUCCAAAGCUGGCAUGUGUCUCUAAAUAACACUUUUAUUGUAAAAAAUAGAGUUUUUAAAAUAGAACACAAAGUGUCAGGAAUGUUGUAACGUUGCAGAACCCUGCCCUCCUAGCUAAAUAUUUUUCUUUUAAACUAUUUUCAUGAAUGUAAAUAUUUCUUAAAAAGUCUUUCUAAAGAUAUUUUACCGUUUUUUGUAUAUUUUAGUGUUGAUAUUUUUCACUUGCUAUGUUUUUAAGAAGGUAUUUUGUAUUUUAUUAGACAUUUUUAAUCAUUACUAUUUUUUAUGUAAUUAUUCACAAAUGAGCCGCUGUACUAGAUUUUUGCCAGUUUAGGCCUACUUUUUCAGGUUAUUUCUAAAUGAUUUUAAUUUUGUAAAGUAAUUUGUAUUUUAAUUGCUGUUUGUAAUGUUCAUUAACAUGUGGAAUGAUUCUAGAACACGGGACUGUGUCUAGUGUGAUGGAUAGAAAGAGAGGCAUGAGAGGCCUGUAAGUGUAAGUGAGAAAUAAACAGUAAUUCCCCUCAGAGAUAGAUAAAGACGGGAAUUCCCCCACUGCGUGGGAACUGAGUGAUAACUGCUGUCUUUUUUUAAGGUGUGGGAGAGAGAACGAGAAUGGGAGUCCCCGAUUUUGAUGUGAAAUUGAAAAGAGACAGAUCAAGGGAAGCCCCGAGUUAUGUGUGUACAGGGUUUUUCAUGUAUUGUAAUUUGUUCUCUGAUUGGCUUAUAUCUGUAAGCGUGAAUGAAGCGUGCGUGUGAUUGGUCGGUGAGGUCAUGUGACUUAUCCUCCCUGCGUGGAGGAGACGGUGGCAGGACUUCAGCCAGUCGUCCGUCGAACGCUGCACGAUUAGGUCGCGUUCGGUGGCUUCUCGCCAAUAAAUGAAGUAAUUUGCUGGAGAGAUAAUUUAACGUUGGUGGUCAGAGCCAUGCCGAGUAUUAAAUUAACCUAAUUUUCUUUUUAUUUCGUUCGAGCAGUAUUUAGAAAUUUUGAUCACCUUCGUCGGCGUUUUGGCUUGUGGUGAAAUUCGUUUUUGCUGGGUGCGGCCCUGUUCGAGGUCGCACUAUCUUCGUGUACUUACAGUAAGAUUUUACUGAAGGACUUAAUCUACAUUAUUUUUCGUUAAUCUUCAUCGCCCGAGCUGUGAGCAUUCUCGACAGGCGAACGUACGAAUGAUACGAGUGAAUGAAACAUUGAAAGUGUUUGGAUUCGUCUGUGCAUUCUAAUUUGAAAGAAUAAAACAAAAACUACAAUCGACGCUUUUAAAUAUUUUUAUUUUUGUAUGUAACGAACCGUUACAAUGUGUUCAAGUGAAUGAUAUCUACGUUACUAAAAUUUGUGUUAUUUGAAAUAACGUAUUCUUAAGCAUUAGUUUCCAUUAAUAGCAAUGUUAAUUAAUUAAAUUAAAUUGUGUAGGAAAAUAUACUUUAAUUAAUAUAAAUGCAUAGAAUAACACUCAACGAUAAAUAUGUCACACCAUUAAUCUUUAUAUGCCUCCUAUCGCACUUUGUAUGACAAAUACAUCACCGUGUAACGGGAUAUAUGUGGUUAUGUACUUUAUCUUCAGUUGGCUGGCUGACUUGCCCGCCCGGUCUUGAUCUUCAACUCACGUUGCGUAUCUUUCCAACCAUGCUUUACUGACAGUGAAUCCAAUAUUACUGUUUGGAUAUUUACAUUUUAAUUUUUAAAAAAAUAAUUUCUCUUCUCUUAUCACUGCCAGGUUUUCACCAAUCCUGUCAGGCCAAUGAUUAUUUUGUACUUGGCAGCAGUCGUUUAACAACCUUUUGAAUGUGAUUCACCGAUUAUUUGUGUUCCGUUAUCUAAUGACAAAUAUAUUCCCGCUAGUACAACCAACAGCAUCAGACUGAUAGAAACUUUUCAUAGAACCCUUAAUUCUUACAAUUGUGCGCACUGUUGACAUGCUUAAAUCUAAAGUGCGACCAACAUAAAUGUGGCCUUAAUGUCAAUCUGCACACCAUAAUACUUGUAGUUUUGUCUCAAAUACUUGAACACGAUGUAUUAUGCUGUCACUUGAAAGCCAUGAUUCCGCUAUGAUUCCAACUGCAGGUACUGUUACCGGCAGAUGAAUGGAAAGAUGUUGCUUUUGUUUGUGUAAAUUCCCUGCCACUGGCUAGACUGAGUUCACGGCCCGGUCUGUGGCCAGGUGAAAACGGUACGGCACGGCAGCAUACGCGCAGAUGUAAAAAAAUUUGACCUUUACACUCCAUAGCCACAAUUUAACCUGCCAAUAGGUGAUGUUUGUACAACAGCUGAUAGCGUAGACAGACCUGCGCUCACAUCUCUUUCCCCCUUGUUUGGCUAACUGUAUCCCACGACACAUCUGUUAUUUACAGAAGUUGAAACAGACUUUGUGGCGUCAUGCUCAAGUUUUUUUUUUUUUUUUGUUGCGUAGAUUUUUGCGCUAACUAAAAUUUAGAGGCGUGCUAUUCAAGAUUGGGGCAGUAAAAUUAACAUCAGGCAAUCUGAAGACGCGUUAAGUGAGGGAUAGGUGCAAUAAACCUGGAGCCAAGGUUUGGCGGUUGGUUAAGCCCCCCAUACACUAGCGAAUAUGCUCGCUGCAUAGCCGCUACAAUACACUUCACAGGCAUGCUCGUCUCUUUCUCUAUAAAGACAGUCGGUGUUGAACUUGCACAAUGGCUGCCAGUAGCAUUGCACUGUUUGGCAGAUUAUUUUGUUUGGAUGAAGAGCCACUAAAAAAGGAAAUAAAGAGUUUGAUCUAACCGGUGGCUUGUGGAACGAAAUUGUUAUAGUGACAUGGCACUGCUGAGAGAGCUGGAAAUCUCAGACCCAACAGACCUGCAUAGUUAUUUGAUGAUGGAUAAAUGUACAUUCACAUUCACAUGUAAUGCUCAUUCACAUUUCUGUGGCUUCAAUCACACUAGCUGCUCGUAGCACUCUUGUUUGAUAUGCCUAUUGACAUAUUCCUUACUCCUUAUAUCCCACGAUAUAAAUUUAUGAACGCCUCCUAAAAAAACAUGAUUGUCAUUAAAAGAUAUGAUGAUGCGACAACAGACAGCACACUCACUGUGGGCUCGGGGCGAGCAUGUUGGGACCUGCCACACACUGGCGGAUAUGCUCGGUACGGGGCUCGGCUCGGAGGGAACUGCCAUCCGACGUUCAGUAUUACUACUGCUGACUGUAUUUACUGUUUGCUUUGUGCGUGUAGUGACAGUUUAGAAAUGGCAAGCACAAGUGUGUAACGUAAACAUAAAACAUUUAAUUUAUCUGAAAAAUGGGAAAUUUAUAACGAAUAGACCAUGGAGAAACUCCGAGUGCAAUAUUUAAAGUGUAUAACAUUGGACGACCUACUGUCUACGAUAUUGUGAAAAAUAGGGAAAAAAUUGAAUAAUUUAUGAGAUCUGUUGAAGAUGAACCUAUGAACAGAAAAACUCUUAGGACUAGCGAGUUACCCGAGGUCAAAGACGCUCUUUUUAUUUGGUUCAAACAGCAACGGAACAGGAAUGCAACUAUUUCAGGAGACGUUUUGAAACAAAAAGUCCAGUUUUUUUACCAAGAAAUAACAAAGAAAACUGACUUUCGCGCUAGUCAUGGGUGGUUUGAAAACUUCAAGAAACGUCAUGGUAUAAGAUUUAUGCAGAUGCGUGGCGAGAAAGUGUCUGCUAACGAGUCUGAAAUCCAGGAAUUCAUCGGAAAGUUGGAUGUAAAAAUCAAUGAACUUGGCCUAGUUCCUGAACAAAUUUAUAACGCCGAUGAAACUGACUAAAAUUGGCGUCAGCUACCAACAAAAACAUUUGUUAUUGAAGAGGAAAAAAACGUUUCUGGGAGAAAAUUACAAAAAAGAAUGAAUCACCCUGAUGGUAUGUGCGAAUGCGUCAGGAACUCAUAAGUUAAAACUGCUUGUUGUUGGUAAAUCAAAAACCCACGUGUGUUGAAAAAUGUAAAGGUCGAAUCUCUACCAGUAACCUACAUAGCUCAAAGCCGUGCAUGGGUCACCAUGUUUCAUGAUUGGUACACUAACAGCUUUGUCCCACAAGUUAGGCAAGAUUUAAUAAAUAAGAAGUUACCAGUGAAAGCCCUUCUGUUGCUUGACAACGCACCCGCACAUCCUGACAAGGAUGAAUUAAAAUUUAAAACUGCCCUUGGGUACAUUGAGGUAAUGUACUUACCAAAAAACACGACCACUUUGAUCCAGCCAAUGGACCAAAACGUCAUAAAGACUCUCAAGGCACAUUACAAAAAGCGUCUUUUAAUGGAUGUUGUCAGUCAACAUAAUGAUGACAUUGCAACAAUUUUGAAAUCCUUCAACAUUAUGGAUGUGAUUUUGAAUGCCCCAUUUUCUUGGCAGCAACUAAAAAGCACAACCCUGAUAAAAUCUUGGAAGAAUAUUUGGCCUAAUAACCAACAUCUUGCAACAUGCAACUGUGCAUCCAAUGAUUCUGAAUUUAUUUUGGAUGCUGCGCUUGAAAUUUGUAACGAAGUGGAACUUGCGCCAGCAUCAAUUGAACAGUUCAAGACAUAAUUUAUUGAAGACAACCUUGCUACUGAUGUGACAGACACAGAAAUAAUCCAGGAAGUCACGACAGUAGAUUUCAAAGUGAUUGAGGAGGCAGUGCCGGAGAUAAACUUCACUAUCAGCUGUGAUGAAGCGUUAUCGGCAACCAAAACUUUGCUUUGUUGGUGCGAGGAGAGAGAGUUAGAUGUUUCAAACAUUUUGAUGUUAAAAUAGAUUCAAGAACAAGCAAUGACGAACUGCCUGCGUAAGAAGAAGCAGAAGAAAAUCACAGACUUUUUUAACGUGUAAAUAUGUAGUAUGUAGUAUGUACUUUUUUUUUUUACAUAUGUACUGUACAUUUUACUUUACUUUCUUUCCGUAUUUCUUUUAAAAACUAAUAUAUACCAUCAUUUCGUAGCCUAGUUUUAAUAAAUUACAUGUACUUAUACUGUUUGGUACUUCUUGUUAACUUCAUUGAGUUCAAAAGCAUUGAGAAAAAAACAUCUUUGAUAAUCCGACAUUUUCGGAAAUCCGAUACGGCCCUGGUCCCUUAUCUGUCGGAAUAUCGAGGGACAACUGAACUAAAAUGUGAGGUUUUAUUUCUGAGAUAAAUUUAGAUUUGAUUCUGUAUGUGUAUAAGCUGUAAAGAAGAUGGAACAUUAAUUUUAUUAUUGCAGUUGGAAGAGGAUUGUUCAUACAUACUAUUAUUAUGUAUUAUGUUUCAAACAUAAGCAAUUUCAUUAUGUACUCUUUGUACUCAUGGUUUAAAAAGUUAUAUUGCACUAUGCUUUUAGAGUUAGUUUGUCUGUGGGGUUAUGUUCAAAAUUGUGUUUGAUAUUUUAUAUGGUUUUAAGCAGGGGGUGACUGUCUGCAUGAUUACAUGGUAGUUGUGUGAAGCAGUUUGUUUUCUUCUGCUAGCCAUCUUGGCUAGACACCCAAAACAUUGGUGCAAGUGUAGUGUUUGCAUGGUGAAAACUUUUUUAAUUAAAUUGUUUUAUAAAAGUGAA